AGAAGUUUUCAGUAGAACCUAACCUAUGGUAGUUGUAGUUUAGGCUCUGUUUAAAUCGUAAUCUUCGUAUUUGUAGGGUUUACACACGCUGCAUUCACUAUAGGUUACGAGGCAAGGAUUAAUAAAUGCAACAUCGAUGGGAAUAUGGUUCCACCUGGUGCUCUUGUCAAGUUUGUUCAGAAAGGUCUCCACUACAUGGAGAUGGAAGCUAAUUUGAGCAAUGGGGCAGCAGACAUUGACGAGGAAUUCUCAUUCUUUCAACCGUUGGAUCUGAUCUCAAAGGAUGUAAACGAGUUGCAGGUGAUGCUGAGGGAGAGUAAGAGGAAAGAGAGGGAUAAGGAGAAGGACAGAGAAAGGUCUAAAGAAAAUGAGAAGGAGGUUGAACGAGAACAUGAUGGAGAUUGCAGCCGAAUGAAGGAUAAGGAUAGGCAUGAGAAACAGAAGGAACGAGAGAGGGAAAGGGAGAAGAUGGAACGAGAAAAGGAGAGAGAAAGAGAGAAGAUUGAACGAGAAGCAUUGGAGGGGGAGAGACUGAAGUUAGAGAGGGAAAGGGACAUGAAAAUGGAGAAGAUAGAGAAGGAAAAUGCCUACGAAAAGAAGCUUGAGUGA